ACGUUUUGCGUUUGCGUUUAUUUGUUGACAUCAUAUCAAUACCAUCUCCAAAGAUUUUUUUCUGGUCGAGAUGGCGGAGUUUUCUCAGGUAUUUGAAGACGGUCUGAGGGCGAGGAAUGUUUUUGUAGCUGACCAGUAUAAUGAUGAUGAUGGUCCAAAACAAGAUUUUAAGGGAGAAGAAGGAGAAGAAAAGUAUGCUUUCACAGACGAAUCUGGACCCGAAGAAGAUCCAUCAUUGCCUUAUGCAGGGAAGGUGUAUCUGGCUCGCCGGAAGAAACCUGACACUUGGCUCACCACAAUGAUGGAGAUCCUGGCUGUAGUUUUGGUAGCAUGCUUCAUCUACUAUUCCUACUACUACAUGGACAACCUACAGUUCCAUGUGACGCAUGCUUACGCCCAUAUGGGGCAAGCUCAUGCGGCACACAUGGUGGGACAGAGAUUACUCUGGGGUGAAGGCACCAAACAGGAUGAAGACAAGGCCAUGGAAUGGUUCAGGGUUGCAGCGGACAAGGGUCAUCCACAUGCUUCUCAUAACUUGGCCAUAGGUCAUCUUCACGGUUACAAAACUGAUGUCAAAAGUAAAGAGGAAGCGAGAAAUCUUCUGGAAUUUGCCCGCGACAAUGGCGUUCAUGAGGCCCAUGAUGCAUUGCACCGACUUUGUCCCCAUGACCAGUGUUAGAUUGAGGAAGGAAUCCCGAGAGACACCAUUGAUGGGAAUUUUAUCAGUUUGAUAUCAGAGGAGCUUGAUUGCAAGAAUAAAAUGUGAUGUUCCUUGUAGACUGUCACUCUUUGAUGUUUGAUGUAUUCCCUCAGUAGUUCAGAGGUUUGGCAUGGUAGACUUUCAUCAAUUUUAUGUCUUGGUCUGAUUUUUCUUUCAUGCUGAAAAGAAAUUUUUGAAGAAACAUACACAUUUUGAUGAUAAUGGAAAUAUGUUAUAACUAAAUGUGUCUUCAGUGUUGUAUUGCAGACUAUCAUAGUCCUUUUACAAGAUGCCUUGCACUGCAGUUACCAAAUAUUGUCCAAAUUACCAUUUCAUUUUAUGAAUGCAACAGUUUCCAUGGACUUGCCCAAUACCUUUAUAUCUAUUCACCUUGUCAACUAUUUAUUUUCUCCAAAGAUAGGAAAUUGUAUUUCAACUAGAUUUGUAAAAACAUAUUUCAGUGUGCUUUUGUAAAUGUGUGCUUAAGUUAUUGAAUAGAAAAUCGCAAUUGCCUUACUUGUGUGAAUUCUUGUCUUUCAAUAUCACCUUGACUUAUAAACAUUCCAAACUUAAACUAAUUCUACUAUUUAUUAUGCAUUAGAAAAAUGCAUUUUUUUGCCUUUUCAGUAGCCUUUUAUGUCAUUUUUUACCUCGCUAUUCAUCUAUGUUUUGAAUUGGACUCACUGUAAAUAUUGAAAGUCUUUGUGUACGUUAGUAGAGUUCAAAUGUUCAAUUUAGAUAUUUAAACAUUGUGCCAUUUUACGUUAUUAUGGUUGAAAUUUGGUUUAUCAGUUGCCGAGGGGAAAUUGCAUCAUGAUUGUAU